AUGGACACUGUUCUUGCCACUACAAUCAUUGAACUGACCCCAAAAGAAUCGCAAUUGAAAAGUUUACUUCUCGAUGCUGCUAAAUAUGUCGACGCGUCACAGAACAUGGAUGAGCCUGUCGUGCUGCGAUGGGCCGGGGGAUGGGUCAGGGACAAACUGCUCGGCAUCCAAUCCCACGAUAUCGACACAGCCAUCAAUAUCAUGACUGGCGUGUCCUUCAGCAUGGCCAUCAUUGAAAUGUGCGAACAGCCUGAUAUUGCAGAGAGGCACAAUCUCACUCCGACGGAUAUCGGGAAUCUGCAUCAGAUCGCAGCAAACCCAGACAAGUCGAAGCAUCUCGAGACUGCCACCAUCAGGCUUUUGGGCUAUGAUGUCGAUUUUGUUAAUCUUCGCAAAGAGACAUACACUGAGGACAGCCGAAAUCCUCAGAUGGAGUUCGGCACCGCCGAAGAAGAUGCAUUGCGUCGAGAUGCGACCGUCAACGCUUUGUUCUACAACCUCAACUCUGGAGAACUCGAAGAUUUCACUGGUGGCUUGGCAGACAUGCGAUCCAGGCUCAUACGGACGCCCCUGGAGCCGUUCCAGACUUUCAUGGAUGACCCUCUACGCGUAUUGAGACUGGUCCGCUUCGCAAGUCGACUCGAGUUUACCAUAGACCCUGCCGCUGAAGAGGUAAUAGGCAAUCGCCAAGUGCUUGAUGCUUUGCGUCUCAAAAUUAGUCGCGAGAGAGUUGGUGUAGAAGUCGAGAAAAUGCUGAAAGGCAACCAUCCAAAGAAUGCCCUGCAGCUUAUCCAUAAUCUCGGGCUUUACCAUACAAUAUUUACAGACCCUGACAACGCCAAGAUAUCCCAACCAAACAUAGCCAAAUGGGAAAUAGUCUAUGAAUGUCUUGACACCCUGCGGCGGAAUAAAACACCCGGCUCUAUCUACGACGUGUUUGUCAGGUCAGAUGAAGCGGCCUACUUUGCCUGGGUCCUCGCUGCCCUUUGUCCUUGGCAAUUAGUCGAGCAACCUCCGCAUACUGGCAAAGGAAAACGACCCCCGCCUCUCGCCACCCUGGCUGGUCGCGAAGGCAUCAAGGCACCCAAUAAACUUUGCGAUGUUAUCACGGCGUCUCAUAAGCACAAGGGCGAUAUCAUGGCUCUGAAGACGGCUGUUGUUCAGAAACACCCAAGCAUCCACGAGCGGCAUCGAUUCGGCAUGGCCAUUAGAAAAUGGGAGGCGAAUGGUGGGCACUGGAGGCUGCAGGUCCUUUCUGCCCUUCUGGUUGAAGCGAUUGGCCUCGAACCUAACGAGAAGCAAAGGGUUGACGAAAAGUUUCUGGAUGAGUGGCAAUCCUUCCUGUAUCAUAUGCAAGAGCUCGACGUUAUGGAUGCCCCGUCUUUGAAGCGCUUGAUCGACGGUACACAACUUGCCAAAGCUUUGGACGUGCGGCCAGGGAGGUGGAUGACCGCGGCUUUAGAUGUAUGUGUGGCUUGGCAGCUGCAGAAUCCUAACGCAACGGAAGCUAGUGGCGCAAUCGAGGAAGUACGCCGGAGGAGAGACGAGCUCGGCAUACCGCAGUAA